CCUGGCCUGGCAGCAGGUGUGAGUGUGUACAGCUACUGGCCUACUACAUACACUAUGCACAAUUAGAAUGGAAUGAGUCGGAGAAAGGGGAGAGAAUUACUAGUAUAGAAUGGUGUGGAUGGAAGAAGCAAGUAUAAAAAUGCAGAGGAGCCAAGCGCAGGGGACAAGUCCAAAGCUGGCCUGGCUGAGGACGCCAAGAGAGAAACGAGAGACCAGCUAGCUAGCUAUCUGCCAUGGACGCGGCCGGCGACUCACCCGAGCAGUCAUCCUCCGACUCCGGCGAGAGGAUGAAGAAGGUGUGCGUGGCGGUGGGGGCUGGGUCCGACUCCAAGUCCAUGGUGCUGUGGGCACUGCACAAGUUCCCCAAAGAAUCCGGCGCCGUCUCCUUGGUGCUGCUCCAUGUCUACCCCCAACCCAAGCUCAUCCCCAUCAUGGGUGCCAGGAUCCCUGCUAGCCAGGUGCAGGAGCAGGAGCUGAUUGCAUACAAGAAGAUGGAGCUACAAACAAUCAGUGACACUCUGGAUCAACACCUGCUAUUAUGUGCACAGGAAAAGGUACAAGCUGAGAAGCUGGUGGUGGAAUCAGAGGAUGUAGCAGAGGGGCUGGUGCAGCUCAUCGCCGCGCAUCAUGUCACUGAUCUUGUCAUGGGGGCAGCAGCUGAUAAGCAUUACACAAGGGAAAUGAGAGCUCUCAAGUCCAAGAAAGCACGGGCUGUGGAACAGCGGGCGGAUCCUUCCUGCAAAAGAUGGUACAUUUGCAAAGGAACGCUCGUUUACCGUAGGAAUGCCGUUCCCCUUGGCCAUGAAGCACUACCGGAAGGUACUCAUGAGUCUUCUGCUCAACAGUUUUCAGUGGAUAGAUCGACUAGCAUGUCGGAGACUUGGUGUGUUUCAAGCACAUGGCUACACAAACCACACGCCAGGCUGCAGAUGGAAAGGACAACUCCGUGCAGAUCAGACAAUAAUGAAAAGGAAAUUGUCAAAGAAUUUGACGAGGCUGACAAUAAAUUCCAGCAUAUGCUCAGGGAGUUGGAGAGUGUAAGAAAGCAGGCUUAUGAAGAAAAACACGGUCGUGAGAAAGCAGAACAGGAUUUAUUUGAGGCUUUCCAAAAAGCACGAGUCUCCGAGAAUAUGUACUUAGGAGAAGUGAAGCAAAAGAAUGAAAUCGAGGAAAAGUUGGCAACAGUAAUGGAGGAAGUUGAGAGUCUCACAGAAACAACUGAUGGACUUUGUGCAAAGCUUCAAGAGGAACGCAAGAAAAGAUCGGCCCUGGAGAAAAGAACUGCCCAUUCUGACCGUAUCAUCAAGGAUUUGAUGUUGCAGCGCGACAAGGCUGUAAGAGAGGUAGAAGCACUACAUGCAAAGAAAGGAGAGUCCAGUGCAACCGCGGAGGGGACGAUGCACAUCACGGAGUUGUCCAGCUCAGAGAUCAAGGAUGCAACCAACAACUUUGACCACUCAUUGAAGAUUGGAGAAAGUGUUUAUGGAAGCGUGUAUAAGGGAUUUCUUCGGCACACAAAUGUAGCCAUAAAGAAGUUGAAUCUCGAAAGCACAGAAUCACAGUCACAGUCGCAGUUCAAUCAAGAGAUAGAGAUACUCAGUAGGGUGCGGCAUCCAAACCUGGUCACUCUUAUUGGAGCUUGCAAGGAUGCUCAAGCUCUUGUCUACGAAUACAUGCCGAAUGGAAGCUUGGAUGACCGCCUGGCUUGCAAGGACAAUUCUAAACCUCUUAAUUGGCAGCUGCGCACCCGCAUCAUUUCCCAUGUUUGCUCCGCACUCAUCUUCCUCCAUUCGAAUAAACCCCAUAGCAUUGUCCACAGUGACCUGAAAGCAUCUAACAUUCUUCUAGAUGGAAAUAAUGUAGCAAAGCUCAGUGGUUUUGGCGUGUGCCGAAUGGUCACUGAUGAGUUCAGGGACACAACCACUCUAUAUAGGCAUACCCACCCAAAGGGAUCUUUUGUGUACAUUGAUCCUGAAUAUGUUAUGACUGGUGAUCUAACACCGCUAUCUGACGUAUACUCUUUCGGAAUCGUGCUCCUGCGCCUCUUGACUGGAAGACCAGGAUUCGGGCUGUUGAGAGAUGUGCAACGGGCUGUGGAAAAGGGUUGCCUGGGAGCAAUAUUGGAUUCAUCUGCUGGGGGCUGGCCAGCUAUGCAGGCUGAGCAAUUGGCUCGGGUGGGUCUGAAAUGUUGCGAGAUCAGAAGAAAAAACCGUCCAGACCUGCAAAAGGAGGUUUGGACUGUACUUGAACCAAUGUUGAAGCCUGCUUCUAUUAUGUUGUGUUCCUUGUCAUUCAAAUCAGUAUCAGAAGACCUUGGUGGUGUGCCGCCCUACUUCAUCUGUCCAAUACUACAGGAUGUCAUGAGGGAGCCUCUAAUUGCUGCAGAUGGCUUUACCUACGAAGCCGAAGCUAUAAGGGAGUGGAUUGACAGUGGCCACCAUACAUCACCCAUGACAAACCUUGAGCUACUCCACCGUGAUCUUUUGCCGAACCAUGCCCUCCGUUCUGCAAUCCAAGAAUGGCUGCAGACAGAUGCACAAUAAAUGUUAUUUUUAUCAUGAUGGAACUUAAAAAUGAACUAAUACUAUGUCCUUAACUUCUUUACGCACAAUAAUAGGUGCAUACCU